AACCGGGAUCCUCGUAGAAGCAGGAACCUCCUCUGUUUCUUCGCAGUUGUACCCAGCGCCUGGGACAUAGCAAGUGUUCGGUACCUACGCAUAAACGCAGGCACUGCUGCUUAGCUGAAAGCAGUGUGCACACACAGGGAAGAAGUGGGAAAUGAAGGGGGAGCCAAGUUAACCAAAGUUCUUAAGAUCAGAGUGAAAAUCUAUAUUCGGCGCAUGGAUAAGGACCACUGAAAAGGGCAGCGACGUUAUCUGCAUCAGCGGGAAAAUUUGCCCUGUGGUACCCUGGGUAAGAAGACAGUAACACGUUAACAUCUCACAGCCUUCCAACUCCAUCUCCCCGCGACCCCAGCCUCAAUAUUCCACUUCCUACUGUCAUAAGACGAAUAGAGCUCAAAUAGUAAUAGGAAUCUUGAAAUACCCGAUUAACCCAGCAAGCAAAGUAAAAGAAAGCCGGUAACUGCGUGUCUGUGUGCGUAUGCUUGUGUUAACGCUGACUGUGCCUUUGUGUCUCCCUAACUACAUAACACUUCACGGGCAAACACGGACGUUUACCAAAAUUCUGAGCAGCGUCUAGGUCAAGCUGUAGUCCUGCACUGGACGUGCUGGACAAACCGGAAGCGGAAAAUCGAUCGGAGAGGGCCAGGUUUCCGAAAGUGGCCAGCGCCGGGGCGCCCCGCUUACACCCGCCAGCGCCCACGGGUGGCUUCCUUGCGGAGCCGGGCGGCUACUCCGCGGGUUCAUCCCGACUUCGUAGUCCUGGACGACCCCACGCUCAGGGUUUACUAAGGCUGCGGCCGAGUCUGAGGCAGCGUCGCGCAAGCCCAGGCCGGAAGCCGCCCGGCGAGCCCAAAGACGCACGACGCUCGCCGGAAAACCCAGCAACUGUCGCGCUCUCGUGUCCGCGCAGCCGGUAACAAUAAAGUUGAGCGUGUUCAAAAGGGGUCCUUGUCAUCCAGGGCCUGCCAGACAAGCCUGCAAAAUAAGCCGCCCGGAAAGUUCCGGGUGUGGGUAGGGCUCCCUGCCGUCGGCAGCGUUCUCCUCACUCGUGGUGGGACAGCACCGGGGUCACGGCCUAGGCGGCGGCGGGACACACGGACGAACGCGGAGCGGCCGGCCCGGCGAUCGCCGCGGGCAGCCCGGCGAGGACCCGGUGCCCGUGGAGCCCGGCGCCCCGGCUGCCUUGGACGCGCUAUGAAGCCCAGGCCCGCGAGGUUUGUGGACAGCCGGCUGAAGCAGCGUGUCGUGCAGUACCUCACCAGUAACAGAUGUGGCAAAUAUGUGGACACUGGAGUCCUAGCAGCUGAUUUACAAAGAAUGUACAGUAUAGACUAUGGUCGAAGAAAAAGAAAUGCUUUUAGGAUUCAGGUAGAAAAAGUAUUUAGUGUAAUUACUAGUGAGAAAGAACCUAAGGAUCUAACAGAACUAGAAGAUGAACAUCUGGCAAAAAGAGCAAGACAAGGUGAAGAGGAUAAUGAGUAUACUGAAAGCUCUUCAGAUAAUGAUUCAAAUAUGGAAGAUUACCCAGAUCCACAGGCAGCAAAUCACAUGAACAGCUCCCUGCUCUCCUUAUAUCGGAAAGGACAUCCUGAUUCUGUGUCACGGACUUCGGAGAUGGAGCACAGAGAAGCCACCGUCUUGGCCCCACGGACACCUUUCAGAACAGACUCAAUCCCUUCGAAGCCCCCUGCCAGAGGCCCUGAGGAAGGGUGGUUUAUCGACAGAACUCCCGAUGGGAAGAUGGACCUGGCAGAUGGGAAGAGUAAUCAUAAGAAACCAGGAUCUGAGAGAGAGGAUUCUAAAGAUGCUUCACUGCUAGAAAGUAAAGAAAAAAGGAAAGGCAGGCUGAAGCGCAAAGGAAGCAAAAGAAAUAAAGACCUUCAGGAAGUAGAUGGAGAAAUAGAAGCCAUCCUGCAGAGGAAUGCUAAAGCCAAGGGGCUGGAAUUACAGAUCUCCAAGGUGAAGUUCGAAGAUGUUGGAGGCAACGAUACGACAUUAAAGGAAGUCUGCAAGAUGCUCAUCCACAUGCGUCACCCAGAGGUGUACCGCCACCUGGGCGCCACGCCGCCGCGUGGGGUUCUCCUUCACGGGCCUCCGGGCUGCGGGAAGACCUUGCUCGCGAAUGCCAUUGCAGGGGAACUGGACCUCCCAAUUCUGAAAGUAGCUGCCACGGAGAUUGUAUCUGGAGUGUCUGGGGAGUCUGAACAGAAGCUGAGAGAAUUGUUUGAGCAGGCUGUGUCAAAUGCACCCUGUGUCCUCUUUAUUGAUGAAAUCGAUGCCAUUACCCCCAAAAGAGAAAUUGCUUCAAAAGAUAUGGAACGAAGGAUUGUCGCCCAGCUCCUAACCUGCAUGGACGAUCUGAAUACCAUGGCUGCCACAGCUCAGGUCCUAGUCAUUGGAGCCACUAACCGUCCGGACUCAUUAGACCCUGCUUUGAGACGUGCAGGAAGGUUCGACCGAGAAAUAUGCCUGGGUAUCCCGGAUGAAGCAUCCAGGGAAAGAAUACUUCAGACUUUGUGCAGAAAACUAAGACUUCCGGAAACUUUUCAUUUUCGUCACUUAGCGCACCUCACGCCAGGCUUCGUUGGUGCUGACCUGAUGGCGCUCUGCCGAGAGGCAGCCAUGUGUGCAGUCAGUAGGGUCCUGAUGAAGCUGCCAGAGCCGCAGGCCGACCCUGAGAUGGAAGCUUUGCUCCCUGGAGGAGGCGGGGGAGAUAGGAUUGGAACCAAGCCCCCUUCUGCAGCACAGGAUGAAUUGCAGAGGCUGCUGGCAUUGCUGCGAAACCAGGAUCUCCUCUCAGAGGAAGAGCUGCAAGGACUGUGCAUUGAGAUGAAUGACUUCACUGUUGCUCUGUCCUCCGUCCAGCCUUCGGCCAAAAGGGAGGGCUUUGUCACUGUCCCCAAUGUGACUUGGGCAGAUAUUGGUGCCCUGGAAGGUGUCAGAGAGGAGCUCACCAUGGCCAUCCUGGCACCAGUACGUAAUCCCGAUCAGUUCAGAGCCCUUGGAUUGGUGACCCCAGCUGGAAUCCUCCUGGCAGGCCCGCCUGGCUGUGGGAAGACGCUGCUGGCCAAGGCUGUUGCAAAUGAGUCUGGACUGAACUUUAUAUCUGUCAAAGGCCCCGAAUUGCUAAAUAUGUAUGUUGGUGAGAGCGAGCGUGCGGUGCGACAGGUGUUCCAGCGAGCCCGGAACUCCGCACCCUGCGUCAUAUUCUUCGAUGAAGUGGAUGCCCUGUGCCCCCGAAGGUCAGACCGAGAGAUGGGGGCGAGCGUGCGGGUAGUGAAUCAGCUGCUCACUGAGAUGGACGGGCUGGAGGCGCGGCAGCACGUGUUUAUCAUGGCAGCCACCAACCGGCCAGAUAUCAUUGACCCUGCAAUCCUGCGCCCAGGCCGCCUGGACAAAAUACUUUUUGUGGGUUUGCCGCCCCCAGCAGAUCGUCUAGCCAUCCUGAAAACCAUCACCAAAAACGGCACCAAACCCCCGCUGGCCGCAGAUGUCAGUUUAGAAGCCCUUGCUGAGGACCUUCGCUGUGACUCCUAUUCGGGUGCGGACCUCUCUGCUUUGGUACGAGAAGCUUCUAUCUGCGCCCUGAGACAGGAAAUGGCAGGACCGAAGAGCAGGAGUGAGAAAGGCGAGCUCAAGGUCAGUCAGAAGCACUUCGAAGAAGCUUUCAAGAAAGUAAAAUCAUCUAUAUCAAAAAAGGACCAGGUGAUGUACGAAGCCCUGCAGAGGUCCCUCAGCCGAUGACCUCCAUCUCCGACCUGAUACUGCGCACGUGUGUUCCUCCCAGAGUGGCUUGGCCCGUUCUGAGCUGAAGACACUUCCUGUCCGCCAGCCUCACGUGGGAACACCCUCCCCUCUCUUUACGUAAAACAUGUGUAACUGUUGAAAUAAAAUAACUGAUAACUUUUUUUAAAUAAAAUGUUUAUUUUGAACCAUU